ACAACAGUGCGGUCGGAGGUUGAGCAGCUGAAGCGCUCUCUUUAAACAACCUUCACUUUCUUUCCUCUUUUUCGUGUUUUUUCCUCCGGUGAACUCGCCACCCAUGACACUCCUCCGUCAACAUGAACCUCGGAGAUGGCCUGCUGUUUGAAGUUGAAAAUGGAAAAGCCAAGCUGAGUGUACUCAGUCGUGGCACUGAGAAGAAUCCAGCUAAGGUGUCCUGCAGGCCCAGAGCUGCUAACAUCCUGAGCUCCAGGCAGGUGAGCUGCGUGAAGGAGGCGCAGAGGGAGGAGCAGCCAGCCAGACGCCAGGCGGGGAGGCACAGGGAGGCCCGGAGGAGCAGAGCAGAAGGAGCAGCAGCAGCCUCCUCCACCUCCAACACUGCUGCCGGGGGGAGGAGCAGCACUCUGACAUCAUCCAUCACCUCAAAGACACGGACCAAUCACACGGCAGAGUGCAGUGUCAAGGCUGCACCAAAGGUAAAGUUAGACAGACGCAAACACAGCAGCACCAUCCAGUCCUCCAGAGCCACUGGGAAAGCAGGACAGCUUCAGAACACUGUGACUCUAGUCAGUGGAAAGGACACGCUGGCCAAUGGGGAGGCAGGGUUGAAGGAAAACGUGGUGUGUCUGACCAGUGAACAGCUGCAGCAGAUCCUCGACACCAUCCAGCCGUCUGACAGCAGACAGCACCCCACAGAGGACCAGAGCACCCAGGGAAACGAAACAGAUUCCAAAACCAGCUCCUCGGUUAACAAAACGGAAGGAGAUGAAGGAGGAGACGCCACUGGUCCAGCUGAACCCACACAGGAUAAAGAUGUGAAGCCACGUGGAUCUCUGCUCAGCUGGCUGGAGGACCAACAGUCAACCAGAAGGGCUGCCCUGGACGCCAGGAGGGCUCAGUGGAGGAGAGAGCUAGAUGAGCAGGUGGCCCUGAAGCAGCAGCAGAGUUGGGCUCCAGGCAAGCGUCAGGCCGAGGUGGAUACAGACAGUGUGUUAUCAGUCCAGAGCUGCAGCAGCCACACUGAGCAGCCUGCUGCCAUCGGAUCCAACUUCAGAUACGGGGAGGCGCUGAGCCAGGAGAGGAGGGAGGAGCAGAGGAGACUCUGGCUGGAGGAGCUGGACCGACAGAGGGAGGAGGCGACUCAGCGCAGGAGGCAGGAGAAGCUGCUGCAGAGAGAGACAGACGACUUCUAUCACUGGGCCAUGCACUUUGACUCGCUGCAGAAGAGGCCUCUUGUCCAGGCUGCAGCUCCACCCUGCCUGCCUCCAGCUCCCCCUGCCCUGCCAGCAGCUCUACACCCAGCUCCACCCUGCCUGCCUCCAGCUCCCCCUGCCCUGCCAGCAGCUCUACACCCGGCUCCCCCUGCCCUGCCAGCAGCUCUACACCCAGCUCCACCCAGCCUGCCUCCAGCUCCUCCUGCCCUGCCAGCAGCUCUACACCCAGCUCCACCCAGCCUGCCUCCAGCUCAGGCCCCAGCUGUGGGUCAGGACAGGGGGGAGUGGGAGGCAGCACCCUCCUCCAGCCUGUCGCUGGGCUGGGAGGUGCUGAGCAGCUGUGGAGCAGAGAGUGCGGGCCGAGCCAGCGUGGGCACGACCAGCGGAUACCCAGCCAGAGCCAGUCACCUGAGAACCAUGACCGCCCUGCUGGAUCCCACACAGAUCGAGGAGAGAGAGAGGAGGAGGCUCAAACAGCUGGAGCACCAGCGAGCGCUGGCGGCCCAGGCGGAGGAGCGUCGGCUGCAGAGGGAGGAAGAGGAGGCCAGGAGGAGAGAGCAGGAGCAGGAGGAUGAGAGGAGGGUGGCACUGGAGAGAGAGAAGCUACAGAGACAGUACCAGCUGGAGGUACAGAGGGAGAGGCAGAGGAAGGAUCGGCUGGUUCAUCCGUCAGACGAUGUUUCACCGAGCGUCCAGAGCGCCGAGCAGGAGGAGCAGAAACUCACACGACUGACAAGCAACAGCCACAAUGUCGGCAACCUGCAGGAAACCCAGAGACCCAGUGAAGUGAACAGACCAGGCCAGUGUUUGGGAGGGGGAGGAGCAGGGGGAGAAGAGCAGGAUGACCUGGACGAGGUCAGGAGUUCAGUGCCCCGACUUAAAGACACUGCAGUUCAGACCGUUCCCUCUGUCCUGGACGGAGCAGGCAUGAUCCACACCCCUGAAGUCUCUGCAGAGCAGCGGCCGUCGCCCUUCUCUCUCCCUCUUCCUCUUCCUCCUCCUCCUCCUCCUCACAGCAGGAGGCAAGCAGUGAGAGCCGGCAAGGAGAACGUGUGUGUGUCUGACCCUGCAGGAUGGGGAGGAGAUCCGUACGAGCCGUUUGCCAGGACAGAAAGAAGCAGGAGAGACAGGAGAAGACCCGAGUGGAACACACAGAGGCCGAGGCGGCGCUUCGUUCCGGCCUCAGAGCGUUACCCAGCCGCUCUGCAGAAGAACAGACAGGAGAGUCGACUGAGAAGGCAGGCGGAGCUCCUCGCCCUGCAGGACAGAGCCUGCCUGUCCAGGACCGACCCAGCACCUCCUCCUCCUCCUCUUCCUCAGCUGCACCAGGAGCCAAACCUCAGCCCAAACCCUGUCCAGACCAGGAGCCGAGCCGCUGCCACCAGGAAGGUGGAGAGUGUCACUGGAGGACAGAGAGUCCCCACAGCAGGAAACACUGAGAGGGGGCGCUCUCCUCCCAUCCCGGCUCUCAGACACAGACAGCAAAGGCAGAAGCUCCUUGGCUCCUCCAGCCCUCCUCCUCCUCCUCCUGCUCCUCCUCCAACCCUGGAGCUCGUUCCUUACUUCCGUACCGAGGAAAUCAUCAACUUAGAGCCACUGGAGCUCGUUUCCACCCCCAAACCAGACACACACACAGAUGCUCCUCAGAGGACAUCUUCCUCCUCCCCUCUUCCUCCUCUCCGCUCACCCCAGCGGGACCCCCUCCUCCACAACACACGCACGUACACACAGCAGCAGCAGGAGAUCCUGAGAGGCCUGGCCCAGCUACGCCAGGGUUUGCUACAGGAGCAGAGGGAGCUGGAGGCUGAUAACCCCCUACUGAAGCUCCGUGACAACAGGCUGUGGUCUCCCCUGACAACGCAUCGCAUGUGACCUUUGACCUUUUGAGGAUGAUGAUAAACUUUACAUAUGGGAGACUCAUAUUCACCCUCGUUGACCUCCCUUCACCCUCGUGUGCACAUGGAAGUCAGUGAGGGGGGGGGAUAAAAACACAAAUAAAACGCAGCUGAGAGCUGAUGGAGACACUGACACUGAAACCAGUCUGAAACCAAUAUUACACCAGUAUGAAACCAGAGACAAGAUUCCCUGAUAUGAAGCCAAAACACUGGAUCGAUUAUGACUUGAACUGCUGAUUCUAACCAGGACUGGACUGAUGUUGGUUCUUGAAGGCUUGAAGCAUCCUGGAGUUGAAUCUUCUGACAGCUGCUG